AUGGAAAAAAUUAAAGUUGAAAUUAUUUCUAGAGAAAAUAUUCGACCUUCUUCCCCCACACUCUCUCCCUUAAGAACCUUCAAAUACUCCAUUUUAGAUCAACUUGUUCCCUUUCCUCAUGCAGUAGCCAUCUUAUUCUACCCCUCACAAAAUCUGUCUGAAUUCCCAAAGAGAUUAGAGUUGCUUAAACAAUCAUUAUCUGAAACACUAACACUAUUUUACCCUCUUGCUGGAAAGACCAAAGAUGAUUUGUCCAUUGAUUGCAAUGAUGAAGGUGCUAACUUUGUAGUAGCAAAAGUGAAUUGUCCUAUUUCAAAGUUUCUAAGGAAGCCUGAUUUGAAUUCGCUGAACAUGUUUUUUCCAAUUACUCCAUACUUGGAGGAAACAACCACAGGAGCUCAUGUGACUAACAUUCAAGUUAAUGUCUUUGAUUGUGGUGGAAUUGCAAUUGGAUUUUGCAUUUCUCAUAAGAUCAUUGAUGGUGAAUCAGUUAACACCUUCCUGAAGGUGUGGACAGAAAGAGCCGACAGCAAACGCAAUUCAAAACCUUUGACAGAACCAAACUUUGCUACAAGUUCGUUGUUCCCUGCAGGUACUUUUUAUUUCAGAGACUUGUCAAAGAAAAUCUGGGGUUCCCUUCUUAAGGAAGAAAAAUGGGUCACAAGGAGGAUUUUGUUCAAAAAUUCAACUAUUGCCACCCUCAAGGCUCAAAUAGUGGCAAAAUCUUCAUCUGAUCCAUUGAAGAAACAUCUUAAUACCCCUACACGUGUUCAGAUACUUUCUGCAUUGUUGUGGAAGUGUUUCAUGGCCGCUUCAAAGGCUCAAUUUGGAAUUCAAAGGCCUUCUAUGGUGAUUAACACAGUGAACCUUCGCCGAAAAAUGGAAGGGUCUCUACAUCCUGAGAAUUCUAUAGGAAAUUUUUUGUGGUUUACAACUUCAGAACACAUGAGUGAGCAUGAGGUGAGUUUGGAUGAGUUGGUGAGCAAACUGAAGAAGUCAGUUGAAGAAGUUGAUAAGGAUUUUGUUGCAAGAUUGCAAAGUGAAGAGGAGGGGAGUUUAAUCAUGGAAAAUGCUCUAAGAAAAAUUAGUGGUGAAACAUGGUCUAUUAAUAAGGGUGAGGAGGCAUUGGAAAGUUUAGCUUUUAAUAGUUGGAUUAACUUUGCAGGCUAUGAUGCUGAUUUUGGAUGGGGAAAACCUAUAUGGGGGAGUAGUGUUGGUAAAGAGGGAAAUUUAGUGUUAGCGAAUAAGAUAAUUUUAAUUGAUACUAACUCCAAAGAUGGUAUAGAAGCUUGGGUUACCUUGGAUGAGGAGAAAAUGAAGCAUUUGGUAUCAAGCACUGAAUUACUCACUUAUGCAACUCUUGAUCCAAGCCCUUUGCCCGAUAGCUCAAAAUUAUAG